CCUGUGUACGAAAAAAGACGAGAAGUCGCCAUCUUGGAAAUUAGACAAAAAGCACUGGAAGAAGAAGAAAAAUCGAAACAAUUGACAGCGCCAGCGAGCAGAAAAUCGCGUCAAAAAUUUAAUUAUUUCUUAUAAUUGUCCAAAAAUUCCGGCACCAAAAGCAUUUCCAAACAGACAAAAAUCCAAUAGGCAUAAACACUAAUUGAAAAUUGUGUAUAAACAGCUUAAAACUGGAGCAACAGAAAAAGCGAAAAAAAGUUGAAGAAGCAGCUCCUAAAAGCAGAAACGAAAAAAUUGCGAAGGCGACGAGUAGGAAAAAGUUUCGUUUUCCCUUUUGCGUUGCUCUUGCCGUUGCGUUUUCCGCCAGCCGAAAAGAAAUUAUCAUUCGCAAGUGCUUGGAAAAUAACGCAUUACAAACAAUAUUAAGUUAGCCCGCAACGUGCUUAUUUUUGUUUUUUGAACGUGGUAUAGUGUAAAACACAUAUUAACGGUACUGAAUCUGCACUUGUGCUAUUGGAACAUCAAUUGGUAAAAAAGAGGGGACGGCGACGGUAUUCACUCGUUUCAUCUACUGCUGCCAAUCUAUCUGUCAAAGCCUCCAUCCCUUUUAAAGCAUCGUACGUCAAGUGAUACAACAUUCGUUUAUACAUUCAUAAUUAUUAAUCUUCUUACGGGUGAAUGGGGUUUAGAAAGCUGCGGUAACAUUAGAACUAAGGUUUUGGAAACUUUGGAAUCAAGGCGCUUACCAUUCUCUACAACAGUACACAGCAUAAGUGGUAAAUUUCAUUCCAAAAGCAGCCUGGCAAAUGCACUGACAAACCAACAAAUCGGCAUAGUUGGUUAUAGAAAACCAAAUAUCGUUCAAAACCUGUGUCCCUUUCGAAGUUCAAAAUUUAGAAGGGAUCAAUUUGUGUAUACUUCACAUUACAGUGUGCAUUUAGUUUAAACAUAACUUAAAACAAAUUUUGGUUCAACUGGACUAUGUCUGAACAUUUGCAUCGGCGAGUACAAACACACACAUAGCCAUGGCUGCGACGAGAAAGUUGCAAGGUGAAAUAGACAGAUGUCUGAAAAAAGUUGCGGAAGGAGUGGAAACGUUCGAGGAUAUAUGGAAAAAAGUGCAUAAUGCGACAAACAGUAAUCAGAAGGAAAAAUAUGAAGCAGAUCUUAAAAAAGAAAUCAAGAAGCUUCAAAGGCUUCGGGAUCAAAUUAAAUCAUGGAUUGCUUCGGGAGAGAUUAAAGAUAAAAGCCAGCUGUUGGAUAAUCGGCGUCUCAUUGAAACGCAAAUGGAACGUUUCAAAAUUGUAGAACGUGAAACAAAAACAAAAGCGUAUUCAAAAGAAGGUCUCGGCGCUGCACAAAAAACAGAUCCAGCUCAACGUAAGAAAGACGAGGCACGCACCUGGCUAACAUCUUCAAUUAGUUCAUUGCAAUUGCAAAUAGAUCAAUAUGAAAGUGAAAUCGAAUCGUUAUUGGCGGCUAAAAAGAAACGUCUCGAUCGAGAUAAACAGGAUCGAAUGGAUGAGUUUCGCGCUAAAUUGGAUCGAAAUAAAUUCCAUGUUAUGAAGUUAGAAACAGUGUUGAGAUUACUUGACAAUGAUGGCGUGGAAGCAGAGCAAGUGAAUAAAAUCAAGGAUGAUGUAGAAUAUUAUAUUGAAUCCUCACAAGAACCCAAUUUCGAAGAGAAUGAGUUUCUUUACGAUGACAUUAUUGGCCUGGACGAUGUGGAAUUAUCUGGUACAGGUGUUUCACUUGGUAUUCCAUCAUCAGCCACAACAGACAGCAACAACAGCAACGAGACGAGCGGUUCGCCGAGCAGCAUAACAUCGGGCGGAAGUCCAGUGCAAUCGCCAGCGCCUGCAUCAGGUGUCCAACAGCAGAUUAUGACAGCAGCGACGGCGGCAGCAACAGCGGCGUCUACAAUUAACACGACGGCAGCGGCGGCAACGCAGCAGCAGCAAACUAAUAUCAACAACAGCAUGAAUUAUGCAGCGGAAGCAGCUGCGGCGGCGGCGGCAGCGACAGCGUCAGCGACCAGUAAUACAGAUGCAACAGCCAGCGAUAAGAGGAACAAAAAUGAGAGUAAUUCAAGCAGCAAAGCAAAACAACCUGUUAAGCCAACGGCAGUGCGUGCAGCUAAUAGCAGCAGUAAAUCUUCGAGCGGCUCAACAUCGGAAACGCCUUCAAGCAAAGCAGUUAGUUCGACGCCCAAUAAGAAUCAUAACCAACAACAACAGCCUACGGCAGCGGCAGUAGUUGCUGCAGCAAUGGCACCAACGAUGGCAGGCAGCACAGCGAACAGCAUAGUUGGUGGUGCGCCCACAUUGGCAGCGACAGUUGCGGCAAUGGCUGCUGGACACACGCCUGCAUUGCAACAGCACGCGCCGGCGCCUAGUUUGAAUACCAGCAAUACAACGGGCACAGCAGCGGGUGGCAUGACGACGGUAGCGGCAGCAGUGGCGGCUAAUAAUGCCAGCAACAACAGUAACAGCAACAUUCAAGGCCAAUCUGUGAUUCAAGCGACGCCAACGAUUGCAUUUGCGGCUGUAGCGAAAAACAAUACAUCACAUCUUGAAAAUGGACCUGUGCAUCCGGUGACUUCAUACGCGAUGACGGCCCCCACGGUGGCGUCUAAUACGCAGCAUCAGCAGCAACAGCAACAACAAUUAUCCAAUCUUCAAACGAAUUCCUCACAUUUACAAAACGCGCAUAAUAACACUUCCAAUAACAAUGCAGCAAAUAGUUUAGCGAAUGCCGUGCAACAAGGUAGUGCAGCCGCUGCUGCAGCAGCCGCCGCCGCAGCCGCUGCGGCUGUUGGUGUAGUGAAUAAUGUUGGCAGUAACAAUUUAGCAAAUUGCAUUUCUCCAAACGGCUUGUCACAGGUGAUUGGAGCACAGCAACAACAACAGCAGCAAGUUAUUGGUGUAACAAAUAACAGUUCACGCGCCUCGCCCGGUCUGCUGUCACCGAAGCAUAUGAAUGGCUUGCCUAUAUCAGCAGCGAAUAUAAACAACAAUAAUAAUAAUAAUAACAACAACAACAAUUCGGUAGAUGCGAUUUCAUUGAAGACGAUGGCCCAGGAAGCCAUAAAUCGUUCGGUUAUUGAUACAAAUUCGCUGACGCAAGGACCUGGUCAGCAACAGAUGGACAACAGACAACAACAACUGCAGCAGCAGCAGCAACAGCAGCAGCAAGCGCCACAAUCACAGCAGGUCUUGCAGCAUUUCUCAAAUGAUACAACUGCCAAUCAGCAACAACAGCAACAGCAGCAGCAACAACAACAACAGCAAGCGGGUGGUUUGGCAGCAGCAGCAGUCGCAUUUGCUGCCGCCGCCGCAGCAACAAAUGGACCCACAACAGCAGGAGCGGGCACAGUUGGCGGUGGUCUGGCGGGCAUAACGAAUGCCGGUGUCGGUCAACCAGGCGCUGGUAAUGCGCCGGUGGGUAGCAAACCGCAUCAGCAACAGCAACAGCCCACUAACGAAGCACAUAUAACACCAUUGCUUGGUGUGGCACCACUUGGCACAUUGCCGCUGCAUAAAGAUCAUCAAUUACAAUUCAAAAUGAUGGAAGCCGCUUAUUAUCAUCUACCGACGCCAGCUGAUUCGGAGCGAUUAAACAUAUACCUGCCGCGUACGCCAGUGCCGACACCACAGCAUUAUCCUCAGCAACAGCUUCCACUCUACGAUACCGUUGAAUUUUAUCAACGUCUCUCGACCGAAACGCUCUUCUUUGUUUUCUAUUAUAUGGAAGGUUCGAAGGCGCAAUAUUUAGCAGCGAAAGCAUUGAAAAAGCAAAGCUGGCGAUUUCACACAAAGUACAUGAUGUGGUUCCAAAGGCAUGAGGAACCAAAAAUUAUUAACGAUGAUUACGAACAGGGUACGUACAUCUAUUUUGAUUAUGAGAAAUGGAGUCAACGGAAAAAGGAGGGAUUCACAUUUGAAUACAAGUACUUAGAGGACAAGGAGUUGAAUUAAUCGCUGUAUGUUGCAGCCAAUGUAAAAAGAAAUUUUGUUAUAAAAACACACACACAUUUGAAUAACUUUUAAGGUACAACAGCCAACAACAACAACAACAACAACAACAAAACCAACAUUACCACCUCUUUCAACGGCUAACAACAACAGCGAUAUAAUAAACCAACCAGAUCAAAAAGAAGAAAAAGAAGUACUACGUUUGCGAAAAACAACCUGUCAGCACUUUUCAUGUGUUGUUCCUUUUUUAAGUAGCUAUGUUCACUUUUUUUUAUUGUUUAUUAGUUCUGAAACUGCGUUUUAAAACGACAGAAAAAAGCGAAAAAUAUCAAAUCUACAACAUACAAUCACACAUCAUAUAAAAUAGUACAUAAAAAUACUGAAAAUUGAAAAAAAAAAAUAGUCAGCAUUAUAAUUUGGAAAUAUCACAAAUUGCUUAGGCCUCAGCAAAAGAAAAAAAACUCUUACAAAGAAAAAACUGCAUGUUUUCUGGCGACAUAAUGCAUUUUUAAAUUAAAAAAAAAAAAAACACAAACUUGAACAGAAAGAGCUAAAAUUGUAUGUAUAUAAACAUGAAAAGGAACAUAAAAUGAAUCACUUGCGGCCACCAUAUCUUAAAAGGUGUACAAGCUGCCCAAACAAAAAGCAAACGCCACAGAAAAAAUGUCUAUCCAAGAAACAAGAAAUGAGUCACAGAAACUACGCUAACACUACCGAAACUCAUACCAAGUUAAACAAAUUAUGCAAGAAAAAAAAAA